AUAUUGGCUUGCCAGCUACCCCUGUCGCAGCCCGCCAUAGUUACUACCCAUUCAUGCACAGUAAUAUGUUUUGGUUCCUACAGCUACAACUGGAGAACGGACGAGGAAGUGCUUCGCUUAGAUACCGUAAUUAUUUGAUUUCUGCCCGUUAUUCGUUGAAAAAUUGAGUUUGUAUUCGUUUGCGUUCUCGCACCUCCACAAAGUGAAAUACACCUACAUACCCGAGAUAGAAGAUUUUUCCGAAGAACAAAAAACUAUCCUAUGACAAGAUCUAGUCGCGGCCCGUCGUGGGACACCAUGUCUGCUGUAAACCGUGCUCUUGCCCUCGCGAAGAGGUCAGCAGCCGGGGAAAUGAAAAGGACAACUACAAGCGCCGGAACUACUAUGAAAAGCAGCUCGCUCAACAAUAUUCUAAUGGCGAACGCGCCAAAACAGCAUGAUAGCACGAGAGGAACAAGGAGAAGCAUGAACGUCGGCGACGAUGAUCCACCGCCCGAGUAUGUUUGGUACUUCGGGUUCGGGUCUAAUGUGAACCCGGGCAAGAUGACGACCAGCCGGGGGCUAACGCCUGCGGAGCCCUCGCCUUUGCGGGGGUCGCUGAAGAAUUUCUGCUUGGUGUUUCUCCACGCGGGCUACGCGACCGUGGUAUCGAAAGACGUGUUUUUCGGCCGCGACUUUGCGAGUUUUAGGGAGCACGCGUCCAAGGACACGCCGGCGGAGGUGCACGGGGUCUUGUGGAAGUUGAAGCUGGAGGACUUUUUGGAGCUGGUGCAGCAAGAAUACUACUACGAUACCCAUGAAGUCGUGGUGGAUUUGUACGACGAGGAUACUUUUUCCGCAAACGGGAAAAAUGGUGUUGGCACACCAGGCACGACUACACAGGAAGCGCCAGAAAAUAUUACGACGUCUGGCGCGUCAUCUGAACAGAGUCACAACUCAUCGAAAAAGAUCACUGCCUUGACCUUUGUGACGACCCAAAGCUUCAACCUAGAUCCGCCUGGCUCCGGACCAAGCUCGCGCUACAUCGAGCUUAUCCGUAGCGGCGCAAAGCAAAUUGGGCUAAGGGAAGAUUACUGUGCCUGGUUGGAUAGUGUGAAGGUGGGAAGAUGAUGAAUCUUCAGGGUAGGUUACAAUGAAAGUGGAGGAUGGUCUGUACUCAUUGUAUUGCUACUCGAGUCAAAGUCAAAAUCUAUAAAUGCUCGCUGUGAAUGAAGCUUAUACGAAACUGAAGACAGGAACUGGGAGAAACCGGAGGAACGUCUGUUGACAAAUUGGAAGAAGCUAAGUUGUAAACUACGAGAAU